AGCAGCGGCUCAGCGCCGCCCCGUCGGCGCGGGCGGAGGGGGGGGGCGGCGCGCUGAUACCCCCCCCCCUUCGUCGAAGCAGCCGUGCGGCGGCCGCGUUCGGCCGCGCGGCGGCCGCGUGGCGGCCGCAAUGGCUGUGGCCGCGAUGGGCGGUGCUGCGUACAUGGGAGCGCGCCGCGGGAGUGGUAUCGGCGGCAGUGCUCGCAACGGUCAGCACCCGCUCAUGUCCGCGCUGGCCCCGACGAGCCCCUACGCCGCCGGCUCGCAGAUCGUCAUGCGCGAGCCGCCGCGGUCCCCAACCGCUGGCUCGGGCGCCGCCACGCCGAUGGCCUCGGCCAGGAUGGCCUCGCAGCCGUCAGGGCUAACGCCAGGCG